CCUUGCUCGACUCCGCAACACAGUCAGCACGCGAGCAUUGGUACAUCUAGUAUGGCCGAACAUGUACAGGAUGGGUGGUAGAGGCGAAGGUCGCUCUUAUCUCUCCUGCAUCACCACCCAUCCCACCUUAGCGAUCCAACCUCCUCACAGCGCAGUCAGCACGCUCACUCCGGUACACCUAAGCAUGAUCGAACAUGUGUUCCCACGACGCGCGCGCACAUCCAUGACACAGCGCCAUCGCGCUGAGUAACGUGACUUGCUUGCUUAUUCUUGGUUUGGCGUGCUUCGGGUAAAAGCAAGCAUGCAGUAUUGUGCGACCGGCAUCCCGUAAACCAAGAAGCCGGGUAGAUUGGCGCGUGAGAUGAGCCUGUCUGACCCAACAUGGUCCUGGAAUGCUUAAGGCGGCGAUGUGACACUCAGCCGUAUGGUGUUGAGCAGCUGGCGAACUGGAACUGGCACGAGGCCGAAUACCACCAGGGCCACCACUGCGACUUCACUGAUGACGGUAAUGGGUACAAUCGCAUUGGCGUAGCGCUUACUGCACUCGAACUAGACGCCAAACCGGCCACCGAUGGACGAAAGAACAAGGGCUACUCGGUUGAACACCAAGAUUCCGAGGAAGAGUACGAGAAUGGAGAUCAAGUACCGGUCAAUGACCAAGUGCGUGCUGUGAGACAAGACACGUACACCGCUACAGGAGGGCAUUACCGCUUCGCUAUCAACGAAGAACAAGGAGCGCUCUUUUUCCAAUCUCUCGGUACACCACGCCACGCCGCAACGCAUGAUUGGGCUCACACGCCUCGAUCCAACGAACUUCCUCGCUUGCAGUUUGCGCCAGAUAUCUUGGCGGCUUAUUGGUCGAGAACGCCUCAUCCGAAGGGCUUGAAGUAUUACUUUGCGAACAAUGUGUCAAACGAGGAGACGUUGCCGCUUAUCAACAAGAUAAUAGAGGAGAGUGGGUAUGACAGGAUACCAGAGUGGCCAGGUGUACGUGUUAGUGCGGAUAGCGAGGAAGGGGCUGUUCUGGUUGGCUCAUCCAUUGGCGCAACACUCGCGUACAUCCUCCUCUAA